AUGAGACUUUCGCUUGCGAUCUGGAGGUCUCUCUACGUCUGCUCAUUGAUUCCUAUUACUUUCGCUUCUGGACCUCAAGUUAACCUGAGAAGCGGUGUAUUCGAGGGUCUCGUAGCUGGUCAGGGUACUGAAAAGUUUCUAGGGAUCCCUUUCGCUCAGCCACCCGUUGGAUCUCUUCGUUUUAAGGCACCUGUUCCCAUAAACCAAACGUUUACAGGAGUUCGAAAUGCCACGGCAUUUGGUAAUGCGUGCGUCCAACCGCCCUCAUCCAGUUUAGGUGCUCCUAUUGGAGAGGAUUGCCUCUUUCUGAACGUGUGGAGGCCCGAGAAUACAAGCACCGAUGCUUCCUUGCCUGUUCUUGUAUGGUUCUAUGGUGGCGUAUUCAAUACUGGGGCUGCGUCCAGUGAGGAAUUCGAUGGGACAAUCUUGGUGAACCGCAGCAUCGAGAUUGGGAAGCCCAUGAUAUUCGUCUCUACAAACUAUCGCGUGAAUACCUUCGGCUUCCUUGCGAGCGCCAGUAUGGCCGUAGAAGACCUCAAUAAUGGUCUCCAAGACCAGUCAGCUGCACUCAGGUUCGUCCAAGAAAACAUUGCUGCCUUUGGAGGCGAUCCCUCAAAGGUCACCAUCUGGGGCCAGUCUGCUGGUGCUGGAAGCGUUGAGGCUCACAUUGUUUACAACGCUUCCGCUGGGCUGUUCCGUGGCGCCAUAAUGGACUCCAUGACCGGUCCUUUCAAAAACUCUCCAGCACCCAGUACUUAUGAUGCUCCAGGAAAGCCUUUUUCACUCAUUUUGAAUACGACAGGAUGCAGCGCAGGCCCUACGGCCUUUGCAUGCUUGCAGGAGACACCAGCUGAACCCUUGAUCAACUUCAGCAACGCCCGAGUAGCAGCGACACUCAACAACCAAUUCUGGGAGCCCACUGUUGCCCCUGGUAGCUUCUCUCCUGUUCGGGCUUCUGAGAUAAUUGCGGCGGGGGACUUCCUCCACGUCCCAAUGAUCGCAGGAACGAAUCUGAACGAAGGAAACUCCUUCUCUACCAGCCUUCUCGGUCUCAACCUCACUGGAUCUGCCCAGGACGAAGCCUUCGACAACUUCGUCCGCGCCACAGUAAUCAACCAGACCCUCAUUACCUCUGAUGUCCUGGAUCAGUUUCACACAUUUUACCCAGCAAACGAUCCGAGCGAAGGUGCACCAUUCAAUACCGGUGACUCGUUGUUCGAUCGCGCUGCGGCUUGGUACGGAGACUUUAUGUUCCUGUCUGCCCGGAGACGCUUCUUGGAUGUCGCGGCCUCCCUUCAGCCGACAUUUGUGUAUCAUUUCCGGGAGUUCAUUCCUGGGAACAAUGUGACGCUUGGCGUCGCUCAUGCUUCAGAAUUACCGCUCAUCUUUGGGCCAGUACCUGCCGUUGCAGCGGUGGAGGAUGACCUUGCCAUCACAUGGAGGGACUUCUACAUUAACUUCGUGAACGAUCUCAACCCUGGCCCCGCUUGGCCACAGUUCACCAACGAGACCAAGCAGGUCUUGCAGUUGAAAAGAGAUAACAUCACAGCUAUUCCUGAUGAUUUCCACUCCGUGAUGACCGACUUCGACAACUCGGCCUUGGUACUAAAUGAGUGGCAGAAGUGAAGGAGUCACGUCGACUGCUAUAUAUGAACUUCAGAAACUUUGUGAGGAUCUGAAUCGUGCCGUUUGUUCCUCACAAAUUCCUCGAUUUAGGAUAGGGCCCACAAGGGCAAACCACACUGCCGGCCAACGUUACUGUGGCGCAGUAGCUUUCUCGCAACUUUCUCAGCGCCACCACAAGACAUCUGCGGCAACCUCACCUCUGCGCAAUCAUUGCGCCUCGAAGUCGCAUAUCCUUAGAUCUUCUUGUGUAACCUAUGGGGCACUUGACUUUCUACGACAGUAUAAAUAUACUUCCGGGGUAUUAAUA